AUGAACCGUGAAGCAGUCGACGAAAGUGCGUGUUCUAAUGUACAGGAAAGGGACAAUACGCUGCCAUCUGCCAUCCCUUGUAGGUUCUAUCAGCAGGGCUAUUGUCGGUUUGGCAGUGGGUGUUGGUUCCUGCAUGAAAUUCCCGACAAGUCGGGUAAUAAGGAAGCUAUUACUGAUGUAGAUGAUACACCUACGUGUUCGAUAUGCUAUGAAAUUCCUACGACUUUUGGGUUAUUAGUCUCAUGCGAUCACGUUUUCUGUAUAGACUGCGUUCGAAGCUGGCGAAAGUCGAGGAGACAGUCGUCCAUCAGCUCAGACCAGACAAAGACAUGUCCUUUGUGCCGAAAGAAGGUUCCAUACGUCGUUCCAUCCUCUCGCGUACCAAGAGAUGCCCAAGACAAGGACAGUAUAAUAGAUUCAUACAAAGCUGCAGUUGCCAAGAUUCCAUGCAAGUACUUUGAAGGGACAAAAACCUGUCCAUUUGGAGACCUAUGUCUAUACCAACAUGCUAAUGCGGAUGGGACUCGGUACAUAAUGGGGCCUCCAAAAAGAGAGCGGCGUCGUAUUACGUUCGAUGACACUAUAACCAUCGAUGACUUGCCGGACUUUGGAGAACUGAGUUUUUUCGAAAGCGAUGUCGAAAGUAGUGCAUGGGAUGUACUUAUGGAUGCCUUUGAAACAUAUGGAUAUGAGUGGGAGGUGGAGGAUGAUAUUGAAGAAGACUAUCGUGACUCUGACGAAGAGGCAUUCGUAUACCCGAGUGAAGAGCCAGAAGACAUAUUGACCUUUUUACCCUCGCAUAUGGAUUCAAAUGAUUAUAAUUGGGGGUGGUAG